CUCUCAGUGCGAAGUGCAGCGGCCGAACCUGCUCUCACAGGGUCACAUUUGAUCAUCUCUGGGCAUGAAGCAUUAUUGAAGUGCAUGACACCCUCUUCAAGUCUGGAAAUCUCAGCUGUGCCACUUUUCCCAGAGGACAAGUAACUGGAACUGGGCUUGAGCAGCUUCUGGGAAACUGAAGUGGUUGGGGUUUUGUGGACUCUAGCCUGUGCUUGUUGGAGAAGAUUCCGUUAUUCACUCUGUUCUUUUGCAGAUGACCAUGAACGCAACAUCCAACUCAAACAACUCAUGUGUGAUCAUGAACUCAUUAUCAGGUCACCUGCUGAUGUCCAUGUACAUUGUCGCCUUCAUCCUGGGGCUGCUGUUUAACCUGGUCACCAUUGGUCCCAUAAUUCAGCAGAUCUACAGAAAGAAUGUUCUUGGGAUUUACCUAUUUAGCCUGUCCAUCUCUGAUCUACUUUACAUCCUCACUAUGCCUCUGUGGAUUUAUUAUUUCAACAACAACCACAGAUGGACAUUUGGCCAGGAGCUCUGUAGCCUGGCAGGUUUCUUUUACUACUCCAACCUUUACAUCAGCAUCUUUCUGCUUUGUUGGAUCUCCAUCGAUCGCUGCCUGGCCAUCACCUUCCCACUGCGAGUCCAAGCCUUCCGCCGGCAGCGUUAUGCCUGGAUCAUUUGUGGACUGGUCUACAUUUUUGUCAUGACAUUGCACUCUUUGGUUCUUUAUCUGGACAAGCUGUCCGAUCCACUAGAUGACAGUGAACAGAGGUGCUAUGAGACCUUCCCAAUGACGGAACGCAUUGCAAUGUUUAACCUGAUACGAGUCGGAAUUGGAUUUUUCUUGCCGCUUAUUGUUAUAACGGUCUGCUACUGCUUGAUCCCUACCAAGGUACAGCAAAGCAGAGGGGUUGACGAUCAAGGCAAGCGCAAAGUGAAGCUUCUGUCUAUGGGAGUCAUUGGUAUUUUCUCCUUCUGUUUUGCACCAUACCACAUACUCCUGAUGGUACGAUCCAUUGCCUUCUUUACUGUGGGAGAUAAACAAAGCUGCAUCAUUGAACAAAAGAUGUAUAUACCCUUCACUUGCUCCCUUGCGCUGUCUAGCCUGAACAGUGUGGUGGACCCAGUGCUCUAUGUUUUGGCCAGUAACGGAGUGAGAGAAGACAUGAAGUUUUUCUGCUGGAAAAACAAGACAAGGAACGCCACAAGAAGCCAACUAGUUGAUUCUAAACGGACGACAAGAAUGACCAACUGCUGUUAGGACUUAGAAUUCUUAGGACUUAGAAAGAAGAUUGGAGCCUAGUAAUGCUACUUAUUUGUAAUUGCUGUACAUAUCCAUUCAGGAGUGGGUUUAUAUGAACUUGAAAAUAAUUUUGUAGAAGGGAUCUAAGUGGCAACCAGUUGAACCAACAAUCUGACAAACAUUGUUUCAAUCUCUUUGAUCUAAAUAACUGAAUUGACUUUUUAAAAGUAGCCAACUGUAUAUAUCUGGAUCAUAGUGAUUUUAUUAUUAUUUGAUGAACUCUUGACACCAUGACUGCAAAAGACUCCAUAGUGCAGGUGUCAAUAGGGAAAAAAAGUCUUCUUUUUUUAAAACAUUUAUAAAUAAGCCUAAUUUAUGUCAAUGCUAAUUACUUGUUCUGAAAAUACUGACAUUGUAACAUUACAUAUUAAUGCCUGGUUAAA